CCACGGAGAGCCUGUAAAUUCCUCUAACCAGAAGGGCUCUCCCCGCCCCCUCUCCCCGCGCUGCCUGCUCUGCCCUCCGCCUCCUCCUCUCCGCCCACUCUCCUGGCGGCGGCGGCUUUGUCUCGUGGGCUGGUCCCCGGCGGCUCCCUCCCCCGAACAGCUGCCGCCGAGGGAGGAAGCGGCGCGGGAGCUGUCCAGCACCCCGGUGCUGAAACCCCGACCGCGAGCCAUCCACCAACACCAUGUAAGGGCCAUGAAAAGGGCUCGUCCUGGCGCAGCGCGGACAUGGAGGAGGACUUAUUCCAGCUCAGGCAGCUGCCGGUGGUGAAAUUCCGUCGCACGGGCGAGAGUGCCAGGUCAGAGGAUGACACGGCUUCGGGAGAGCAUGAGGUCCAGAUUGAAGGGGUCCGCACGGGCCUAGAGGCUGUCGAGCUGGACGAUGGGGCAGCUGUGCCCAAGGAGUUUGCCAAUCCCACUGACGAUACUUUCAUGGUGGAAGACGCAGUAGAAGCCAUUGGGUUUGGAAAAUUUCAAUGGAAGCUGUCGGUGCUCACGGGCUUGGCCUGGAUGGCCGACGCCAUGGAAAUGAUGAUCCUGAGUAUCCUGGCUCCCCAGCUGCACUGCGAGUGGAGACUCCCCAGCUGGCAGGUUGCGUUGCUGACCUCGGUAGUCUUUGUGGGCAUGAUGUCCAGUUCCACCCUCUGGGGAAACAUCUCAGACCAGUACGGCCGGAAAACAGGGCUGAAGAUCAGCGUGCUCUGGACCCUGUACUACGGCGUCCUCAGUGCUUUCGCCCCCGUGUACAGCUGGAUCCUGGUGCUCCGGGGCCUGGUGGGCUUCGGGAUCGGAGGGGUCCCCCAGUCGGUGACGCUGUAUGCGGAGUUCCUUCCCAUGAAGGCCAGAGCUAAGUGUAUUUUGCUGAUUGAGGUCUUCUGGGCCAUCGGGACAGUGUUCGAGGUGAUCCUGGCCGUGUUUGUGAUGCCCAGCCUGGGCUGGCGCUGGCUGCUCAUCCUCUCGGCCGUCCCGUUGCUUCUCUUUGCGGUUCUGUGUUUUUGGCUGCCAGAGAGCGCAAGGUAUGAUGUGCUGUCCGGGAAUCAGGAGAAGGCCAUCGCCACCUUAAAGAGGAUAGCGACAGAAAACGGAGCCCCCAUGCCGCUGGGGAAACUCAUCAUCUCCAGACAGGAAGACCGAGGCAGAAUGAGGGACCUUUUCACGCCCCAUUUUAGGUGGACGACCUUGUUGCUGUGGUUUAUAUGGUUUUCCAAUGCGUUUUCUUACUAUGGAUUAGUUCUGCUCACCACUGAGCUCUUUCAGGCAGGAGAUGUCUGCAGCAUCUCCAGCCAGAAGAAGGCGGUAGAAGCAAAAUGCAGCCUGGCCUGUGAGUACCUGAGUGAGGAGGAUUACAUGGAUCUGCUGUGGACCACGCUCUCUGAGUUUCCAGGUGUCCUUGUGACUCUGUGGAUUAUUGACCGCCUGGGCCGCAAGAAGACCAUGGCCCUGUGCUUCGUCAUCUUCUCCCUGUGCAGCCUCCUGCUGUUUAUCUGUGUCGGAAGAAAUAUGCUCACUCUGUUACUCUUCAUUGCAAGAGCGUUUAUUUCUGGAGGCUUCCAGGCAGCCUAUGUUUACACACCUGAGGUCUACCCCACGGCAACUCGAGCGCUCGGCCUGGGCACCUGCAGUGGCAUGGCGAGAGUGGGUGCUCUCAUUACUCCGUUCAUUGCUCAGGUCAUGCUGGAAUCUUCCGUGUACCUGACGCUGGCAGUUUACAGUGGCUGCUGCCUCCUGGCCGCCCUGGCCUCCUGCUUUUUGCCCAUCGAGACCAAAGGCCGCGGACUGCAGGAGUCCAGCCACCGGGAGUGGGGCCAGGAGAUGGUCGGUCGAGGGGCGCACGGCACAGGCAUCACCAGGUCGAACUCUGGCUCUCAGGAGUAGUGACCGAUGCAGGGCUGAGCUGGUCUUUGGGGCUGUAGAAGGCAGGGAGCUGGUGGAACCCAGUUGGGGCACCGACCGUCACUGCCGACAUCCAGAACUUACCCGGGGGGACAACCUGGACCAACAGGGUUUUGUGUCUUGACGCUGUUUGCUCAUAUUCAUCGAGAUCCACCUGGGAAUGGGGAGGCAUUUGCUCUGGGGGGUUCUCUGUGUGUGGGGGGGAGGUUUGUCAAUAACCUGUGGACCUGCAUGGGAAAACUGCCACAUGAGGAGUGGCCGGUGUCCCCGAAGGCCAACCGGGCGCCACCCGGAGUCAGCCAGUCGCACCCUUGGUGAACAAUAGCCAACAAAUCUCUGUAGAUACAGUCCAGGCCCAGAGCCCCGUUAAGACCUGCCACCCAGGGAGUCAACACCUGCCAUCCACCAACAGUACCUGUUCAGUAGGUUCUCCUACACCCCCAGCCCCAGGCUUUCUUCUCUGAAAUCGUGGGUGACCCAGAUGUGGCUUGAACAGCCUUUUCCUGGGUCUGAGAGAUGCUCUCUCAGAAGGGGCUCCUCGGUUUGCCUCCCCAUGGCCUGCCUAGUGGACACUCUGGCAGAUGGAUGUGCAUUUGAACUUGAGCCACGUGUCCCCUCCUGGCCCCUCUGGGGCUGCUCGGGGCACAUGACCAAGGGGACAGCUGGGCUUAACCCAGAUGACACCCCCAGAAAGCUGUCGUCCUCUCCCGCCCCCAGGAAUUGGGGACUGAGGCCAGAGGAGGUGAGGAUAAAGCCCAAGGCCAAAGCAGGGGCCUCCCCUUCGGAAGCAACGAAGGCCAUGCUGGGGGCUUCUUUUCUGACCCCUUCGUCGAUCAGGCUGGUUGGUGACUCUUGGAGAAAGAAAACAGUUAACUCAGGUUUCCGUACUUUGGAGCUGGAGGGUGGGUACAUGGCUAAAUGGGCAGAAAAUGAAGGGAUGCUACAUCACCCACUCACUCCCACUGGGAUCAGGGAACCAGGAAUCCUUCCUCCCUGGUUUCUUCCUUUCUGCUCUCAAGGGCUGGCUUGGUCUUUACAUACAGGUAGCUCCUGGGGUCCCAGCCCUAGUUCUCUGCCACCAGUGGGGAGGAGCGGGAGGGCCCAGACGUGUGACAUGUGUACAUUUUCAAAGGAAGAGAAGAGCGCUCGGUUGGGUUUGGGGUUGGCCUCUGGAGGAAGGGCUGACCCCGUGUCUCAGCAGACAGCAUCCGCCUCCAGGAUUUGGUUUACAUGAGCCCCUUCCCCAUCAUGAGGGCAGGGAAGCCAGAGGAGGAGGGAGGAAGCUGCUGGAUCCCAUCAAAGGCCAGAGAAGACUGACCUUCUGCGUGGCGAUGCCUGCUUGAAGCAAAACAUUUUGAGGAAACCAAAUGUGUAUGUUCAUCUCUUAUUAAAACAUGUUGGUGAUGGA